AUGGCGAGCUGCGGGGGCAGGGCCCGCUGUUUGCUCCUCCUCUCCUCUUGGCUGCACAGCGCGGGCUCGUUGCGUGUGCCUGCAGUGAGUGCCGUGCCGCGCGUUCAGCACCGCGCCGGAGCGCCUCGAUGCAGCGACCCAGUCACCUCUCCGUUCGAGGCGUCAGCCUCGAACGGCGGCGAAACUCUGACCGGUCCGCUCCCUCUCACGGCGGAGAAUGUGGAUGCUGUGCUUGAUGAGAUGCGCCCGUACCUCAUGGCCGACGGUGGAAACGUUGCCGUCGCUGAGAUCGAUGGCGGCGUCGUGCGGCUCGAGCUGCAGGGCGCGUGCGGCUCGUGUGCGUCGUCGGCGAUGACGAUGAAGAUGGGCCUCGAGCGCGGGCUGCGCGAGAAGAUACCAGAGAUCAUCGCGGUUGAGCAGGUCGCGCCUGAUGGGCCGCAGCUGACCGAGGACGGCAUCGAAGGCGUCCUCGAGGAGAUCCGACCCUUCCUCAAGAUGGCGGGGGGCGACGUCGAGCUGGUGGAGCUCAUAGAGACAGGCGUCGCUCCAUCCUGCACGCUGCGCAUCUCCGGCUCCGGCUCAACAAUCAACUCGGUGCGCGCCGAGAUUGCGCAGCGGCUGAAGCGGAAUUUCCCCUCGCUUGCGAACGUGAUGUGGGACGCUGAAGGACCUUAGCGGGCAGGGUACCGCCGGGCGCGUAUCUGUUUGAUGUGUACUAACCAUCUCUGUGCCCGUUGCUCUGAGCUGUGAGCGUCUCGGUCAUCCACAACGUCUGUGCUCGUACCUGUUGGCGCUUUCAAAAUACCGAGAAAAGCGCGUG